AUGACAGAUGUCGAGGAUGAUGCUCAGGUCUCUGAACCUGGAUGGCCAGUCGCAGACGAGCUGUUCAACACCAGUUCAAAGACUGGAGGCACAUAUGCUCGGGUAAUACGAGUCUCUGCUGAAGAACUGAAUCUAGAGCCCGCUGUGCAUCUCAGGGAAGGAAGUGAUUUGAUGGAGCAGUUAAGAGACCAACUUAUCAUGCUCCCAGAAAUUGAGGAACUGACCCCUGAGUGCAACAUCGACGAAGCUAAUGUCGGGGUUCCGGGAGUCACAACUCCAGGGAUGGAAGCCAAGAUGAGAGGGAUCCUGAAACGCCAUCGCAGUUCCUGGGAGACGGCAAUGCAGCUCCAGCCCCGGCUAGGGGCGUACAAAACCAGUGGCUUUACGCGCGAGGCAGAUUGCCGCACCGUUUUUUGGUGUUCGAACAUAAAGAAGUUGCUGGAGGCUGAGCUCAUUGAGCAUUCAGAGUCCGAGUGGUCAUCUCCUAUUGUGAUUGUGCUGAAGAAAAACGGCAUAGACAUUCGGAUCUAUCCCGCUAUCCUCUACCCCUGA